UUAGCUUUCAGAUCUCUUGAAAGGGAGCUGCUCUGUUUUUGCCUGGUUAGAGGUGAAAAUCACUUUUAAGGAACUGCAAAAGAUUGGAUGGAUAUUGAGAAGGGGAGGGGUCCUGUUUUUUUUUUUAAAAAAAAGAACAUCCCUGGGUGAAUUCAGAGGAAGACGUUUUCAAGCCUGUGAUGCAUGUUUCAGAUGGGCUGGACAUUACAAAUGUUAAUAGGCUCAGCUGGGCGCUGAAAAAAAAACACCAAAGGGAAAUUACACCAUCACCAAGCGGUAGUUGAAGACAGAAAGCUGGCAUUUAGGAGAGGACAGCAAGGUGGAAAAAGAGUUACCUAGUUGGGGGAUUGAGAAUCAGAGCAUGAGGGGACACUGCUUUAUCAUGGCAGUUUGACAAGAUGAUCUGUUGUUUCAUUCAAAACUAUCUCCAAGUCUGAUCAUCUCAAGGUUUUUGACUAGGAAUGCCUGCAUCAAAUGAUCAGCUUCUGGGAACCUGUUCCACCAGUGCAGGAGAAUCAGUAACAGCAGUAGAAAACUGGACGUCUGUAUUUCAGCUUUCGUAGGACGGCAGGCAGCCCGACACGGCCCAUCAUACUCAAGGAAGAAGUGGAAGAAAGAUGAUCAAGUUGAGAGGGACAGAAAUGGCAAUGCUGACAUUGAGGCAUAGGUAAUUCGUUGUUCAUCGUUCAUUUUUUUAAAAUUUUAUUUUAACCUUCCUUGGUCCUGGGAACACCGGACUUCGCAAGAGACCAGAAAAAGGGAAAUAUACAACAUUAUUACAAACAUUAUUUGCGCAUUUUAUUUUAUUUUAUUUUAAAAUGGACCAAACUCUGUUCAAAGUUCUCUUGAGCUUACUCUGGAAUUACUGGCUUUUAGUGGAUUAUGCUAAGGCAGGCAUGGGGGACAACCAUGUCCACUCCAGUUUUAUUUACCGGAGAUUGCGGAACCAUGAGAGGCGAGAGAUCCAAAGAGAAAUUCUUUCCAUCCUGGGUUUACCACAUAGACCCAGGCCAUUUUCAGCUGGAAAACAAGCUUCCUCUGCACCUCUCUUCAUGCUGGAUCUCUACAACGCAAUGGCAAAUGAACAGGAUCCCGAAGAGUUGGAAUAUUUGGUGAGGGGAUCAUCGCCAAGUGGAGAAGGCAAAGGGCUACGGAAAGGCUACUUGGCAUCUCCAAAUGGAUACUCCCGAAGAAUAUACAUAUCACGGACAAGUUCAUUGCCUACACAAAGUCCCACCUUGGCUAGCCUACACGACACCAACUUUCUGAAUGAUGCAGAUAUGGUCAUGAGCUUUGUCAAUUUGGUGGAAAGAGACAAGGAUUUUUCUCACCAACGACGGCACUACAAAGAAUUCCGAUUUGAUUUGACUCAAAUCCCUCACGGAGAAGCAGUGACCGCAGCCGAAUUUCGGAUUUACAAGGAUCGAAGUCACAGUCGAUUUGAGAAUGAAACGAUUAAGAUUAGCAUUUAUCAGAUCAUCAAGGAAUAUCCAAACAGGGAUGCGGACCUGUUCCUGUUAGAUUCAAAACGAGCUCAAGCUCCUCAUAUUGGCUGGCUUGUGUUUGAUAUCACUGUGACCAGCAACCAUUGGGUGAUUGACCCACAGAAUAAUUUAGGGUUGCAGCUCUGUGCAGAGACGGCAGACGGUCGUAGUAUCGGUGCGAAAGCAGCUGGUCUUAUAGGCAGGCAUGGUCCUCAGUCAAAGCAGCCAUUCAUGGUUGCCUUCUUUAAAGCAAGUGAAAUCCUUUUCCGAUCUGUCCGAGCUGCCAACCCUAAGAAAAAAAACCAAAAUCGUGGCAAGUCCAGCAACUCACAAAAUACUUCAAGAAUGUCAAGCGUGGCAGAUUAUAACACAAGUGAACCGAAGCAAGCCUGCAGAAAACAUGAACUCUACGUGAGCUUUCGAGACCUUGGGUGGCAGGAUUGGAUUAUAGCUCCAGAGGGUUAUGCUGCCUUUUAUUGCGACGGAGAAUGUUCAUUUCCUCUCAAUGCCCACAUGAAUGCCACAAAUCAUGCCAUAGUACAGACGCUGGUCCACUUGAUGUUCCCUGAUCACGUCCCAAAGCCCUGUUGUGCUCCAACCAAACUGAACGCCAUCUCUGUCCUCUAUUUUGAUGACAGUUCCAAUGUUAUUUUGAAAAAGUACAGGAACAUGGUGGUGCGAUCGUGCGGAUGCCACUAGGAUUCAAUUGCAAAAAAAAACAGUGUCGCAAAGUGGAAAUUGUACAGUUAUUCUUUGUAUGUUUCUUUUCUGAGUGUAGAGGAAUUGGAGUGACCAUUUUCACAAUAUUUCUCCAAGAAGAGGUUCCAUUCGUUACGACAGAAUCCUGGAGCUGAAGUUCUUCCCGUCUGGUGUCCGUCACACCACAAACUGGGCUGCAACCGGGUGCUUGCUACUCCCUUCAUCCUCUAGCUACGACUUCGUUUGUAAGCAUCUGGGGAAGGAAAUGUGGCUGUCACAGAGAUCAAGAAAAGCAUAGAAAAAACAUUAAGAGAAACCUGUGCAAAGGGAAUUUAUUUAGGGAGAUAAGAAAAUUAAAAGACAAGAAAAAAAUAAGAUACAAUUGAAUUGAGUUUGAAUUUGAAUAGAUUUGUAUGCCGCCCAAUCCCGAAGGACUCUGGGCGGCUUACAUAAAAACAAUUAAAAGAUUAAAAAGAUU